AUGAAGACGCCCGUCGGCGUGCGCGUGCGCCUCGCGCUGCGCCACCAGCGCAACUUGCGCUACGUGCUGCUCGUCGCCUGCAGUGCGCUGCUGCUGGUCUUGUACGUGCUCACGAAGCUGCCGACGCCGUCGACCUACGACAAGCUCUCGGACGCCGAAGACAAGCGGUACAACACGCAGGAGCUCCUGCAGCAGUGGCCCGGCAAGUGCCAGAUCAAGAACUUUGAGCAGCUCCGGCGCAUGUCGAUCGUCUACACGUGGGUCAACGGCAGUCAGCCGUGUUACCGCGCGCUCCGGGAGAAAAUUGGCGGCAAGCGCGCGGUCGGUGGCUCGCGCGACCGCGAGAUUGGCGAACUCAAGUACUCGCUCCGGUCGUUCGAGAAGCACGUGACGUGGCACGUGGGGCAGAUUUACAUUGUCACGCCGGGCCACAUCCCCGAGUGGCUCGACUUGAACAACCCGCGCGUGAAAGUGAUUGACCAGGACGAGCUCUUCCCCGAGUACGCCAAGCAGUUUAUGCCGACGUUCAACUCGCACGUGAUUGAGCAGUUUCUGUACCUGAUUCCAGGCCUGUCGGACAUUUACAUGCAAGUGAACGACGACUACUUGUUCACGAAACCCAUUACGCCGCACGAGUUCUUCACGUGCGACGGCGGCAUCCGCCUCUUGCAUGAAAAUGGCUUGAUCUCGCACGUCCCGCCCGUGGCCAAGAAAGGCAUUUGGAUCUCGUCGGUGCUGCACACGCAGCAGGAAAUGGACCUGCGCUGGGGGAAAACCGACCGCCAUUUUAUCAAGCACGCACCGUUUGUGUACUCGCGGCACGCGUUCGAGCGCGUGCAUCAGAUCUUUGACCGCCCGCUGUACAUGACGCUCAAGAGCAAGUUCCGUGCCAAGCCGGACAUGAACAUGCCGUUGUUGCAUCAUUACUACAUGGUGUCGCAAGGCAGUGAGGAGCUGGGGAUUCCAGUCUACUCGCCUCCCGCGUCCGAGAUGACUGGAUACAAGCUGAUUCUGAUGAAGAACGACAACAUUGACAAGCUCAAGGAGAUGUUUGGACAGAUCAUCGACGGGUCCUCGACGUUCAAAGUCGUUGCGCUCAACGACGAGUACUCGGACAUGCGCGUGGCCGACACGGCCAUGGAGUUUUUCAAAAAGUUCCUCCCUGAGCCCAGCAGCUUUGAGCGCAAGCCGGGCUCGGAGCCCCACGCACUUACCGUGCGCAAGCCUGGCACAUGCGAAGUCGACCCGACAAUCCUGUCGCCAUCUCCGCGGAGGGUGGAAGCGGCACCAAAGUACCAGGUACUUGCGUACCGCGAGCUGCGGUGGGUAGCGUUUACCAACUCGCUACUGCGUGGCAUGGCCUUUGGUCUCGGAGUGAUUGUCAUGUACAUCGUCUACUUGCUUGUACUGCGCCGCGACAAGACACCGACGGGCUCAAACAGCGCGUACAACAAGGUGUAA